CUUCAGAGUUGCUGCUCCUCACUGCACCCCCUCCCCCUCCUCUGAGUGGAUCCUGCCCAGAGCUCUUCUUCCUCUGAGCUCCUCCUCCGGUUCCUGCUGGGCUCCCGACACCUCUUGCCUCUCCUCCUCCCCUUGCUGGGCUUCAGAACACACCGGUAAAGGCGGAGCUUGCAAGUCUGCCCCUCUGCUGCGGGACAGGUGGCUGGAGUGAGGACCAAGAGGUGUUUCCUGAGAAACCCAGAGAGCAGCAGGGCAGCCAUGAGGCUGCUGACAGGGACUGAGCUGUGGUCCGUGGCCAUAUUCAUGGUCAUCUUCCUGCUUCUGGUGGACCUGAUGCACCGGCGCCAGCGCUGGACACCCCGCUUCCCCCCAGGCCCUGUGCCCCUGCCUGUGCUCGGGAACCUGAUGCAGGUGGACUUCCAGAAUAUGCCAGCGGGCUUACAAAAACUGCGAUGCCGCUUUGGGGACCUGUUCAGCCUCCAGCUGGCCUUUGAGUCAGUGGUCGUACUGAACGGGCUGACAGCCCUGCGCGAGGCGCUGGUGAGAUACAGCGAGGACACCGCGGACCGGCCGCUGCUGCACACCAAUGACCACUUGGGCUUUGGACCGCGCUCUCAAGGUGUGGUCCUAGCGCAGUAUGGGUCUGCCUGGCGUCAGCAGCGGCGAUUCUCUGUGUCCACCUUCCGCCACUUCGGCCUGGGCAAGAAGUCACUAGAGCAGUGGGUGAUUGAGGAGGCCAGAUGCCUCUGUGCGGCCUUCACUGAUUAUGCCGGACGCCCUUUCCGGCCUAACGCUCUGCUGGACAAAGCGGUGUGUAACGUGAUCGCAUCCCUCCUCUACGCCUGCCGCUUUGAGUACGAUGACCCACGCUUCAUCAGGCUACUGGACCUCCUGAAAAAGACUCUCAAGGAGGAAGCUGGCUUCCUGCCCAUGUUCCUGAAUGUGUUCCCGAUACUCCUGCACAUCCCAGGGCUGGCUGGCCAGGUCUUCUCUGGGAAAAAGGCCUUCAUGGCUAUUCUGGACGAGCUGCUAACUGAACACAAGACAACCCGGGACCCUGCCCAGCCACCCCGAGACCUGACCGAUGCCUUCCUGGAGGAGGUGGAGAAGGCCAAGGGGAACCCCGAGAGCAGCUUCAAUGAUGAGAACCUGCGUAUAGUGGUGGCUGACUUGUUCAUGGCGGGGAUGGUGACCUCUUCAACCACACUGGCCUGGGCCCUGCUCCUCAUGAUCCUGCACCCAGAUGUGCAGCACCGUGUCCACCAGGAGAUCGAUGAAGUCAUAGGGCAGGGGCGGAGUCCAGAGAUGGCAGACCAGGCCUCCAUGCCCUACACCAAUGCUGUCAUUCAUGAAGUCCAGCGCUUUGGGGACAUCCUCCCACUUGGUGUGCCUCACAAGACAUCUCGUGACAUUGAAAUGCAGGGCUUCCUCAUUCCGAAGGGAACGACCCUCAUCACCAACCUGUCCUCCGUGCUGAAGGAUGAGACUGUCUGGGAGAAGCCUCUCCAGUUCCAUCCUGAACACUUCCUGGAUGCCCAGGGCCGCUUUGUGAAGCAUGAGGCCUUCAUGCCAUUCUCAGCAGGCCGCAGAGCAUGCCUGGGGGAGCCUCUGGCCCGCAUGGAGCUCUUCCUCUUCUUCACCUGCCUCCUGCAGCGCUUUAGCUUCUCGGUGCCUGAUGGACAGCCCCGGCCCAGCGACCGUGGGGUCUUUGGUGCUCUGACAACCCCGUCGCCCUACCAGCUCUGUGUUUUACCCCGCUAAGAGGAGGUCCCUGGGCUAUCCAAGAUUCUGGUUCCUGGCCCUCCAGGCAGUGUCAGACAUGGGCUCCCUCUUGUGGCAUGGGUCUCAAGUUGGACCAGGCAUUGGCUGGCCACUCCCACAAGGUCUGUGCCAUCUUUACCCCAGCACAUCUUGCAGGCGGGACCAAUUGUAGGUUGUAGGUUUCAUGGCUGAGUUGGUGCCCCUAUCACUCCACUGGAAGCCUUGCCUGGUUAUAGAAGAUGGCCAGUUCAGGCUCUGCAUCCUCCAUUACUAGGAGUCUUUCCUAGGAUCAUCCUCGUGGAUUUCUGGGAGUUUCCACGGCACUAGGUUUCUGCCUCACCCUUGAAAUGCCGCCCCCCCCAAUUCCAGUCAUCUCUUCCAGUACUCUCUCCCUCCACCCCACCACCUGAUCCCUCCUGUUCAUAUCCCCACCUGUCCCCAGUCCACCCUGGAAAUCUAUUCCAUUUCCCCUUCCCAGGGAGAUCCAUGUGCUGAACCCCCUUAAGCCUUCCUUGUUACUUAGUCUCUCUGGGUCUGAGUAGUAUAGCAUGAGUGUCCUUUAGAAUUUGGGGGUCACUUACGUAAAAAUAUAAAAUGUUUUGGGGAUCUGUGUGUCAUCCUCGCACAGGGACCAUGCCAAUCUUCGCUGUAUCAUUCCAAUUUUACUUUAUAUGCUACUGAAGCAAGCACAAGUCUUGAUAAAUUUUAAAGAUUUUUCUUUUAUUUGGGGGCGAUCACAUCUGUUCAGAUGCUCAACAGGGACCAGAAAAGAGUACUGAAUCUCCUAGAGCUAGAGUUGAGUUAUGGUGGUUUGUGAACCACCCAACAUGGGACUCUACCAAAAGUUCCAGGUUAGCCAGGUUAAAAAAUAAAGGAGAAGAAAGAAAAAAGAAGGAAAGAAAAAAAUUCAUAAAAGAAAGCUCAUCAGUAAUGUGGUGGUUUGGCCCCCACAGGCUCAUCCCUAGUUGGUGGAACUAUUCUGGGAAGGAUUGGGAGGUGUGGCCUUGUUGGAGUAGGUGUGGCCCUUGUUGGAGAAGAUGUAUCACUAGAGGCAGGCUUUGAGGUUUCAAAGUCCCAGGCCAUGCCCAAUAUCUAUCUGUCUCCAACCUGUGGAUAAGAUGUAAGCUCUCAGCUACUGCUUCAGUGCCAUGCCUGCCUGCCUGCCGCCAUGCUCCCCGCCAUGAUGGUCAUGAACUAACUCCCUGAAACUGUAUGUAAGCCCCCAGUUAAAUGCUUUCUUUUAUAGGCUGCCUUGGUCAUGGUGUCUUCGCAGCAACAGAGCAGUGACUAGGAUAAGCAGUGAAUAGACAAACCAAUAAUUAUUAAAUGCUGUGUGCUGAGCAUA